AACACGUCGUGGUUUAAUGAUUAUGUUCUGUCCCAAACUAGCUGUGUUUCUGUUCUGCGUGCUCUAUCAAUCCAAAUCCAGAACAAACUUCAAACCACUUCCCUCACUCCGUUUUCUUGGUUUCCCAAUCUCAUCUAAUUUCUCUCUCUUUCGUCAUUCUCUUACUGGCCAUCGUGCAAAUCUCAGUUCUCGUGAAUCUUCUCUUCGUGGGUUGAGCUAAGGAAAACCACACACCCCCAUCACAGUUCAAGGUCUCACAUUUCUCUCUUAUGUACACCUCUUUUCUGCACUUUUGUUGUUUCCUUUUUUAUCUUUUGUUGUGCAUUGACCUCAGUAAACAGUUAAAUUGUAGAGGGGGUGAUGGAAAAGGCCAUGGUUGGUCCCAUUACAGUGAAAAAAAGAUUCUAAAUUUUGAAGUGCAACACGAUUCUUCUGUGUUGAUGAUGGUUUAAUUACAUGGACAGAAGGUUGUGAUUUCUAGAUUUGAGCAUAUUGUUCGUUGUGUGAAACUGGGGUACUCAACUGCCGUGGAAUUGUGUGAAGUAUAGAGGGGUAUCAGUGUGUUGGGUUGAAGCUUUUGAGGAAUCUGAGUGUCAAAAGGAUGGGUUUUCUGGGGAUUUAGCUAAUGAAUGAACUUGUGUGAAAGUGGAGCAUGAAUCUGUGAGCAUGAACUGCAAAUUUGACUUUUUGGGAUUCUAGUACCUAUAGAAACUUCCUUGUUGUAGAAUGAAACUUAGUGCCGAUCCUUCUUGUUUGCUUGACCUAAAACUGUUGGGACAUCACGUCGUGGAUUGACAUGAUUUGCAUCAGUAAUCUUUCGACAAAGUGUGAUAGCGGAGUGUGGAUAUUAGGUCUUGUCUUUUCCAGAAGCUAUUCACUAUGUUGAUUAUUCUUGUCAUAGCCUACUGCUAUACCAGCACUUAACAGAUCAUGUCGUACUGCGUUUUGGCAUUCGAAUCUAUGGCAUCUUACAUGAUUUGUCUACUUGUUUGAGCUCAAUUGUAAUUGAAAGAACCUACUCUCAUCGAGGUACACUCUCCCACCCUUGUGGGAAGACGUGUGCAACUAUGUACAACGCAUAUGUUAGCCCAACAGUAUAUGCUGUUAGGUGUAGAGAAACAUUCUCAUUAUCUUUCAAUGGCUACUCAAACUUCUGUCCCGAAAGAUUUGAUGGAACCCCCUCAUACUGUUUGUCAUGUUGUGGUUGUUGUGAUUGUUGUUCAGCUUCCACUUACAGAGUACCUGUAAAGUCUUGUCUUGUAAAUGGGUUGAGGCAAUCUGCUCUUCUUCAAUUGUCAGCAACUAGAAGGUUGAUACUGGGUGGGGGAGAUCAUUACCUUUCCCGGCUGCCAGCUUAUGGUUUCCUCAGAGAUUGUCAGGAGCUUAACUCUUCUGUCAAUGAGAAAACUAUUUGCAAUAGUAGUAGGCGGAGCAUAAAGGGAAGAUGUAUUCGUGUUACCACACAAAAAGGGAGAAAAUUUUCUCAUUCAUUUGGUCCUGAUGAUUUUGAAGCUGUUCUGAGCUUGUUGAAUGAGGAGGCAGAUAGGGAAGCUACCAUUUGUAGCAAAUGUAAGGAUGUGUUUUCAUCCAAAAGAAUGGAAGCUGAGAAAGCAAGAAAAAGUGUUAGGAGAGAGGGACAUUUGAAUUCAGGUGAGAAAGUAAAAUCAGAGAAAGCGGGAGAUUUGAAGCAACAUCAGUCAUCCACCAUAGAAUUGAGAAGAGAAUAUGAAAAACCUAACAAAGAAAGGGAAGCCUUUGCAAACAAUGAAAACCAUAGGAAACGAAGAAAUGUAUCUAGUGGUUCAUCUUAUUAUUCUCUCUCAUCAGGAGAUUUUGGGAGUGAGCUGGAAGCUCAGGAUGAGAUUGGUUUGGAAGAAUUGUCACUGGAAAUUGAGAAGGGCAAAGGAAAUGGUGUGGAGGAACAAGUGAAGGAACAAGUUAAGGAAGAAUUCAAGGGGCAAAGGGAUGACUCAAAGAAGCUGUUGGGUGUUUCAAAUAAGGAAAGAUUUGCGUCUGGUGAGGAUAUUGAUUGGAGCAUAAGGAAGAAGACUGAAAAGAAGCUGACUCAGGGAACUCUGCAAAACACAGAAUCCACAAAGGAACAACAUGAUAUGUAUUUGGGAGGAUUUAAAACACAUGAAUCUGGUCAUAAAAGAUUGUCUGUUUCACAAAACCAAGUCAAUAGUGAGGAAGAUAAAUCAUCUUUUGUUGACUAUUUGGAUAAGAAAACAAACAAGUCAUAUCUUCAAACAGUCAAUAGAAGAAAACAUCAAUCUAUAGAUAUACAAGAGUCUGAUUGUAAUGAAGUUGAGAAAAGUUCGUUAUCACAAAAGGUGUUGAGUGGCAGGGAAGGGAAGCUUGAGAUAUCAGAAAUAUCAUUGAAGAAAACAACUGAUGAACGUGAAAAGAUUGUUGGUUCCACUUCUACCACUGGAAACGAAAUUUUGAAAUCAAAGAAGGCAUUCAGUGGCCAGGAAGGGAGCCUUGCAAUAUCAGAAACGCUAUUACAAGAAACAAAUGAUACUUAUAAAAAAAGUGUUGGUUCUAGUUCUACCUCUCACAAGGAUUUGAUAGAUAGAAGUUCCCUUAAAUAUACUGGGAAUUUAAGAAUUGAAGACAGUGAACGGACUUCAAGUACCAAGAUGAAGGGCAUGGAAGUGAAAAAUGUUUUGAGUUCUGUUCAGGGAGCAGAGGAGCAGCAACACCAAAAAGGAGAGAAGAUCAUUACACAAGCUAAUGUUGAAGAUACAUCUAUCCUGAAGUCUAGAACCAGAUUAAAGAACAUGGAAGAAAAUUUGAACAUAAGCUCAGAUUCAAGGGGUACAUGGCUUCAAACAGAUAAAAGGACAAGUCAGAGUUUCCAGCACAGGAAAGGAUCUGAACUUGUCAGCAUUUUAUCAGAAGGCUAUGCCAGUGAUGAAAAGCAAGUUUCAAGUCCUCAAAAAGCUCAUGAGAAGAUGAAAUUCAUUCCAAAAAGUAAACCAACAUCAGUUGUUAAAACAAGAGAAAGUUCUAGCCAAACUGAUAAAUGGAUUGCAAAUCUAUCAAUUUCUGAUGAAACCACCUCAAGAGAGGAAUCCAGUUUGCAGGGAUCAUUGAAUUUGGUUUCUGGGUAUGGAAAACAUGUUAUGUUAGCAGCAGGUGAAGAAGGGGGCUCUGCAACAAUGUUGAUCCCUUCCUCUUCAGAAGUGGGUGGAGGCUCAGCACAUGUUGAACUCACUGCAGGAAUUACAAACCCAAAUGUCUUCCUUGAAACUUCGAAAAGUGGAUCUUCUGCUUUUUCUGAUAAUUCAGGAAGAAGUUCUGCUUUGCAUCCGGAUGCUCUUGGUUCAGCUGAUCUUUCAGAGAAAUCAUCUAGGCAGUUUGUCGAUGAGUUUGCUGAGAGGAUCAGGCAUGAAAUAACAACUUCCAAAGCACAAGAGAUGGAAGUUACAGGACCAAGGUUGACACUUGAAGUUGGUGGUAAUCAGAUCUACAGCUCGAGACAACAAGGAACUAAAACAGAUGUUCAGUCAAAGGAGCAUGAUUCUAGUCGUUCCUCUGGGUUUCCUGGGACCAAAGGUCCUUCUGAUGAGAUUUGGGAUGUCACUGAACCAUCUAUUGAACAAGGUCUAGUAGCCAAAGAAACAGAGACCAGCAAAGAAACCGGGAAAACGGUCAUUGGUAGAACUGGGAGGUCUUUAUGGGGUAUAAUUUCUGAUAUUGUUCGAUUACGUUGGGGUUCACGUGCUGGUUCCUCAACAUCAGCUGGAAAAUCUGCUGAGAGAAACUCACCAAACAAGUCCGAAAGUGACACAUGGUUUUCUGGGCAGGAGCACGAGGAAACCACUAAAACUAAUGUCAUAGACGAAACAAGUGUACUGCCUCAAGCCAUGAUUUCUGAUAAGUUAAAACUAGGUAGUGAUUCUCACAAUAAACUGAAGGACAAAGGAAAACAUCUUGAAAUUGGAUCGUCAUCACUGAACAUAUUGGAAAGUGGAUCAGUGUCGGUAGGUGCCUCUUAUACUUCUGGAGAGGAAAAUGCUAAUUGGACUGAAGAUAAUAAAGAUUUGAAAGCCACUAAUUCUGGCACACAAAACAUGGAAUUACCGAUUUCAAUACCUGCAAGAGGGCCUUCUAUUGCUGGAGAAACUGUAAGCAUUGGUGGAUCUGACAUGUCUGGAGGAGCUCAGUUAGUGGGGCCAGUCAAGGAUUUUGUAGCUCCUUUGCAGUCUGAGUUGUCUGGCUCAGAGAGAAAGGAUAGAGAGUUAAAGCAAAGGAUGCUUCAACGGAACAAGCAAGUCUUAAGAGAUAGGUUUGAUGACUGGGAAGAAGCCUAUCAACGUGAACAUGAACAGCGGAGAAUAGAUGAAAUGUUCAUGAAUGAAGCACUUUUGGAAGCUAAGAAGGCUGGUGAUACAUGGGAGGUCCCUGUUGGUGCUGUUCUAGUGCAGCAUGGGAAAAUUAUUGCUCGAGGGUGCAACUUAGUGGAAGAAUUACGGGACUCCACUGCUCAUGCAGAAAUGAUUUGUAUACGAGAAGCUUCAAACCUUCUUCGGACAUGGAGACUAUCUGGCACCACACUUUAUGUAACGCUUGAACCAUGUCCUAUGUGUGCUGGUGCUAUCCUUCAGGCAAGAAUAGACACUCUUGUGUGGGGUGCUCCCAAUAAGCUUCUUGGAGCUGAUGGUAGCUGGAUUAGGCUUUUCCCGGACGGAGGAGAAAAUGCAUCAGAAGCAAGAGAUGUGCCACCUGCCCCAAUUCAUCCAUUCCAUCCAAAGAUGAAAAUAAGAAGAGGGGUCUUAGCCACAGAGUGUGCAGAUGCAAUGCAGCAAUUCUUUCAGCUAAGAAGGAAAACGAAGAAAGAGGAAACCCCAAAGGACCCUUCUUGUCUCCCUGUUUCUCACCACCACCCUUCCAAAAUACUCAACAAGAUACAUGACGUUUUCCACAUAAUGUUCUGUUUAUAAAACAACCUGACACAUUUUUUCCAUGUUUUAAACGAGCUGUAAAAUUUUUUUGAACUUGAAUGAAUAUGGUCAUUUGUGAAAAGUACAAUGUUCGAUU